UGUUAAAGCAUGUUGACUCCUUUAAGAUUUGCUCACAGUUUCAGUGUUAACAUUUUUUCAAGGUUUGGAAUUGACGUAUUGAUUUAAAAGUUCAUUGAACUAAUAGAAAUCUCUGGCAGAAAAAAAAGUGAGAGUUCGGACUUUCACACGGCUGAUACUGUUGUUAAAGCAUUCAUUUCCGGUAUUUUUCCAAACUUCCUCGUUACUUUAAUCAGAAACCAAGGUCUUUGUCUACUAGAUUUAGCUCUGCAAGUCACCUAAGGUAAUCAUGUGCCUAUUUAAAGAAAUAACAAAGACAUCUUUCAACUUUUCGUUUUUAUUCAACAAAGGGUGCACUGGAGAGUUUAAAUUAUCAAAACACAAUGUGUUCCCAGUCACGCUAACCCUUUUUCUUAGCAGAAUCCCCUGAAACCUGAUCUGUGUAAAUAAAGUGACCCUUGAGCUUUAUCAGCUCAAGCAUGACACCAGGAAGUUAGUGUACAUGGCUGAAGGUGAAGUAUACAACAAUGGGCUUUAGAACUAAGCUAUGCUGGAGUUUCCCCCUGGGUGUUGAAGGGGACAGGAGAGAGUAGGAAGAGUGACAGAGAGAUGGAUGUUAAAACAGAGAUGAGACGCUGAAGGCUUGGAGUGAGCACUGAUGAGAACACUGUAACUAAAAGACUCAGCCAUGGAACAUCCCAACUGCACCAACGUGGACCAACUGAUAAAACGAUAUUACCUGCCUGUCUCCUACACCAUCAUCUUCACCGUGGGCCUGAUGGGCAACAUAACCUCCAUUGGCAUUUACGUGACAAAGCUGCGUCCCUGGAAGAGCAACAGCAUCAUCAUGGUCAACCUGGCACUGACUGACCUCCUCUAUGUUCUCAGCAUGCCCUUCCUGGUCUACUACUACAGCAACGGGGAAUCGUGGACACUCGGCGACUUCAUGUGCCGCUUUGUGCGCUUUGGCUUUCAUUUUAACCUGUAUGCGAGCAUCCUCUUCCUGACGUGUCUCGCCGUUUUCCGCUAUGUGGUGGUGAUCAAGCCUCUGAGGGCAGCGCAGGUGCAGCAAAAGUUUUGGGGUAUAACUGCGUGUUCAGCCGUCUGGAUCAUCGCUGCUGCCGAAAUCACACCCAUGUUGACGAUAAUAUCCUUAGAGCAGCGCAACAACAAGACGUACUGCUUAGACUUUGCUAGCACCAUAGACGUUAGUAACAUGUUAAGUAUGUGGUAUGUCCGGCUGCUUACUGCAUUCGGAUUUCUACUCCCUCUAGUGGUGGUAUUCAUGUGUUACAUCGGUAUAGUGAAACAGUUGGCCAAAGGGCCUUACACAACCAGUCCGUGUCGGAUGCGAGCACGGCGCGUGACCGUGCUGAUCGUGGUGGUGUUUGUGGUGUGUUUCCUGCCGUAUCACAUCUUGCGUGUGUUGCGGAUAGAAACUCGAAGGAUGGCGUGCAUGGUGGAGCACAUUGUGCAUGCAGCGUAUAUUAUCUCCAGGCCUCUGGCUGGAUUCAACACCUUUUUCAACCUGGCUCUGUACACUCUUUCAGGUGAUAAGUUCAGGAUGGCCUUCCUCAGCACUUUUCACUGGGAAUACUGGCUGACCAAGUUCAGGUCGCUGCUCCAAGCCGUCUUUAGAAAGGCACGCCGUGACAUGCCGGCCGCAUGACUGCCGACUGUCCAACGCCUGACUGUUCUUUCAUCUGCGUUUGACUCACUUUGUGGACACACAGUAAGCUUACUCACUCUGACUCAAUGUCGGGAAAGCCGCAUGACAGUGGGGGUUUUGUCAUUUGGUGCUUCCAAGAGACAAAAUAAUUGUGCCAACCCCUGAAAUGUAAUUGCCUAAAGCUAAGCUGUAAGAAGUGCAUGUUAAGGUCUAACCUUUGUCCACACGUGAGUAUACUGUAAUUUACCUGACUAACAAUAUAAUGGAUUAUAUUAUUUGAAACCUUGAAAAUAGUCUGCGUUUUCAGACCUGUUGUUUGUUUGCUUUGUUCGGAUUCAGGAACUAAUUUGAUGCAA